UUACAUCGAUCCUUAAUUAAGUUGAAGCUACCUUGCAUAAUCAACAGAGUUCUCAUUUCUCCAAUCUUAUCUGCAACGCCAUGUACUCGUCAAAGCCACAUUCGUACGAGAAGUUCUCGGAAUCAAACACCGGUUUUGCUUCUCCUCCGACUGGUGUUCCGGUCAGCUCCAGCGACCCUUACUUCAGUCAUGAUGAUCAUGACAACAGCUCCCAAAUGCCGGCUGCUCCACCGUACCAUCUCCGCCCAAGAGCCCCCGAGCCAUGGAAGACUGGCCUCUUCGAUUGCUUCAAUGACCCCAAGAACUGCUGCACAACAUUCUGGUGCCCUUGCAUCACUUUCGGCCAGAUUGCAGAGAUUGUGGAUAAGGGUUCAACUUCUUGUGGUGCAAGUGGAGCACUAUACACUCUGAUAUAUUGUGUGACUGGUUGUCCCUGCUUCUAUUCGUGCUUCUAUCGCUCUAAAAUGAGGCAGCAGUACACACUUGAUGAGAGCCCUUGUGGUGAUUGCUUGGUUCAUUGCUUCUGCGAGUACUGCGCCCUUUGUCAGGAGUACCGUGAACUCCAGAAUCGUGGUUUCGACAUGGUCAUAGGAUGGCAUGGAAAUAUUGAGGAAAGGAACCGUGAAGUGGCAAUGAACCCGGUGCCCCCUGUCAUGGAGGAAGGCAUGAGUCGAGAUAAAUGAAAUAAUUGAGGAGCUCAAGUACUUAAUUAGUGUCUAUAUAAUAAUAUAAUUCUCCAAAUUAAUGAUUGAUACAAUAUAAUCUUUAAUUAUUGUGUUGUAAAACAUCAUAUACAAUAUAGGUUCUAGUUGAUAAAGGAUUUAUGUGAGGAAUCUUAAAAUUAUUUAAUCUCCUUUGCAGGAACAAGUGAGAAUUCCUAAUAAUCAUAUGAA